GGAUCUCCCGGAAGGAAGAAAUAAAGGACGGACAGAAGGAGCGAGCGGUUGGGUUUGCUGGGGGAUUGGUUGGUGGCGCCGACGGCAGGAGCUCUGCUCCGUCCGGCCGCUCACGACGAGGCAGUAUGCAGAGCGUCAUCAACACGGUGAAAGGAAAGGCGCUGGAGGUGGCCGAAUACCUGACGCCGGUGCUGAAGGAAUCAAAGUUUAAAGAAACUGGAGUUAUCACUCCUGAGGAGUUUGUGGCAGCUGGAGACCAUUUAGUUCACCACUGUCCUACUUGGCAAUGGGCUACAGGAGAAGAAUUAAAGGUCAAGGCUUAUCUCCCAACAGAUAAACAGUUCUUGGUCACUAAAAAUGUGCCGUGCUACAAGCGGUGUAAACAGAUGGAAUAUUCAGAUGAACUGGAAGCCAUUAUAGAAGAAGAUGAUGGAGAUGGAGGAUGGGUAGACACAUUUCACAAUGCAGGUGUUACAGGAGUGACAGAAUCCAUUAAAGAAAUCACAUUGGAGAACAAGGACAAUACAAAGUUACCAGAACGCUCAGGAUCUUGUGAAGAAGAUGAUGAUGAUGAGGAAGGAGAAGCAGCUGAUAUGGAAGAAUAUGAAGAGAGUGGGCUGCUGGAGACAGAUGACGCAACACUGGAUACAAGAAAAAUAGUAGAAGCUGCCAAGGCUAAAGCUGAUGUUGGAGGUGGUGAAGAAGCUAUUCUACAGACUAGGACGUAUGACCUUUACAUCACGUACGACAAAUACUACCAAACACCAAGGCUCUGGUUAUUUGGCUAUGAUGAGCAACGACAGCCGUUAAAUGUAGAGCAUAUGUAUGAAGAUAUUAGUCAAGAUCAUGUCAAAAAGACUGUGACAAUUGAAAACCACCCCCAUCUUCCUCCACCUCCAAUGUGUUCAGUUCACCCAUGCAGGCAUGCAGAAGUGAUGAAGAAAAUAAUUGAAACUGUGGCAGAAGGUGGAGGAGAACUUGGAGUCCAUAUGUAUCUUCUGAUUUUUUUGAAAUUCGUACAAGCAGUCAUUCCAACAAUAGAAUAUGACUACACAAGACACUUUACAAUGUAAUUAGGGGAAAGAAUGUUUACGGUAAUUAUUGAUCCUAAUUUUUAAAAACAAAUAAACCCGUACAUGUGACUGACUUGUUUAUCCACCAUUGUAUACAAUUUCUGUAAUGUACCACUUCUAUCAAGUUUAUGCAUUAAAAUAAAAUUCCACUACCAGCCUUACUUUUUAAUAAAGACCUUUAUGUGUAAAAAAUAAA